AUGGCCUCCCUUGAUGUUGGUAUCAUUGUUGCCUGGGAGGCGCUAUUAAGGUCACUUCUAAGCCCGGGACUAGGGGGGGACCUUUCUCGCUUGUUGCACAUCUCGAACACCUUUGAACCCGUCCCAGGUAUGGAACCGCUUCGCGUUGGCGAUCUACUGAAGACAACAUUACGCAUUACCGCGGUAACAAUAAAGCCACUGGGAAAACUGGUCGAGGUUACCGUGGUGAUUAAACGGGAAGAGGCAUCCAUCAUGAAAAUCACGUCUGAAUUCCUCAUACAAGGUCAAUUUCCCCAUCAUCAUCAGAGCUUCCCAUCCUCAGAGGCCAAUGAGUGGGCUCUACCUUUGGACUCCCCGAAAGCAGUGGUUUUACUACGAAGCAGACCGUGGUUCAAGCCAGAUGCAAAGUGUCCAGAGCUUCUUGACAAGACUCUCCUAUUCAGGAUCACGUCUCAAUCGAGCAAGAUGUUCACUUUGAAUACUAGUGGCUUUGCCGGCUUGUCGACAACGAUUGUCCAUGGGAUGAAUACGUCUGCCGUUGUUCGAAGUAUGAUUGAAGACCACUUGGCAAAAACGGGCUGCGCCAAGUUCUGCCGGUGGUCUACAACAUUCGAGGAUGUUGUUCGUGGUGGCGAUCGCCUGCGCAUCGAACUGCAGCACCAAGGGAUGAUUUCUGGAAAUAUGGCACUUGAGGUUCAGGCUCCGACAGCCUAUCCAUUCUGUGGGCAAGGCAGUCAGAAGAAGGAAAUGGGUAUGGCAAUCUACGAAACUGAUGGAUCUGCCAAAUCGGCGUGGCACAGAGGACACCGUUACCUGUUUGAGCUUUAUGACCCGGCACUGAUAAGUCCACAAGGAUUCUCACUGCUGAACAUUGUCCGCAACAAUCCCAAAAGUCUCACAGUCUAUUUCGGGACCACGAAAGGUCGUCAAAUCCGAGCAAACUAUCUUGCUCUCGCCCGCACUGAAGUCAUCAAUGGACGCGAAAUCACAGUACCAGUCGUUGAUGGUUUGAGUGAGUCAUCAAGUUCGAUCACCUUUGAGGAACCAAAUGGACUCUUGUUCUCGACACAGUUUGCACAGCUGGCGAUCAGUCUGAUGAACAUAGCCGAAUCAAGUGCGCUCAAAGCCCGCGGUCUCUUCCAACAAGGUGCCGCGUUCGCGGGCCACUCGCUUGGCGAGUACAGCGCCUUGCUCGCCUGUGCUGACUUUAUGAGUUUGGAGAACCUCCUUAGUGUCUUGCCUUUUGGCUUCUUCAUAUUCUUCCAUUCUACCCCCACUGCACCGAGCAGACUAAUCGACGCCGCUCUCUUGAGGCACCAAGUCUCGAAGCGCCGCUGCCCCAGCAUGGAUGAUACUCUCUGGACUGAUGCCAGGGAUUUUGAGCUCAAGAAGACCUACGCCAAACCCGUAGAGAAACUGGUAGCCCACCCACUUCGAAGUGGACGUGUGCAAGUCGAGGAGCAGACAGAGCCCCGCGCCUACAGACAUGACGACCGCACUGGCUAUAAAGAAGGUGAGGCACAUGCAAUGGGCAAAGACGACAAAGAGGGCGAUGUUGCGGCCAUUCGACCAGGGGCAAGUUGUACCACCCCACGCAAGCGCGAGGAGGAGGCAGACAAUGGACGGAACGAAGAUGACGGUGCUGAUGGGAUCAAGGCUCCAGAAUAUCUUCCUCCAGGUCUUUUGGCUUUGCCGCUGUGGCUUCAGCCUGAGAAGCAGCAGACCGACGGCCGCUACGCCGCCCAGCAGUAG